AUGCUGAACAUUUUAUAUCCUAUGUAUCUUGCUAUUUUUCGAAUUUCGGAUAUAUUCGACUCGGGCAGCCAGCAGCCUAAACUAGAUUCUGUUGAUCCAACCGAGGCUGUUGCGAAUGAAUUGCUGGAUAAAAUAAUAUUGAAACAAUUGCAUUUGAUGGAAGAAAAGAUGCGUUGCGAAUUAAACAUAGAGACCAGUAUCAAAAAUGGAAGUAUUCAUCUAGCAAAGUCUCGUUAUAUCAUGGGGCAGAGCUCUGUGAGCACAGCACGGCUCCCUACUGAGAGCAGCCCUGAUUUCUCAGCUUCUACAAUUUGUGAAACAACCGAGGAAGAUGGAGUUAAACUUAUGAAAGUUAUUGAAAAUGAUGCUAAGAACACUGUUAAUCCCCUUCGUUGGUUUGGAGUGUUAGUUCCACAGAACAUGCAUAAAGCUCAAAGUAUAUUCCAGAAUACUAUUAACUUUGUUGUAGAAUGUGUCAAUGUUCAGUUACAGUUGCAUAGCAACUUGAAACUUAUUAACAUGUUGAAACAGUAUAUUGGUUCUAAAAAGCUUACCUAG